AAUCGAUUCUUCUUGGCUUAAGAAGGAAGAAGAGUCUCUCAAGCAAGCAGGAACAUGUCUGAAUCUCCUUAAAACACCAAAAUUUCAGAAAAAAAAAACAGAUUUUCAUGCCACUUCCUUCGCUGAAUUAAAAAACGAAUUCAGUUUUUGUUAUGGAAAUUCUCGCAUGUGGAUCUGGACCAUGCAGUCAAGUAGUGGAUACGAAGUGGAAAUUCGUUGACAAAACCUUGAAUUCACGUCAAACAAGGUUUCCCUCGGUUGGAAAUCGUGGAGUUUCUUAUACAAACACCAAUUCUAGAAGCGGGUCAGUGAGAUUUCAUGAUAAUAAGGAGCAGCAAAGAGAUUUAGCGUCUUUGAGUAGUCUUGGAGGGUCCAAAAGAAUCAAUUGCAAGGUCUAUAGUGAAAGUUAUGAAGGCUAUGUGAUUGGUGGUGAAGAGGAUGUAACAGAUAUUUCAGAUGCUACUAACAUUGUGGUUCCAGGUGUACCUGAUGGGUCCAAUGGUGAAUCUGGUGCUCCAAUAAGUAGUUGCUUUUGGGAAUGGAAGCCUAAACUUAACGUGCACUAUGAGAAGGCAGGGUGUGAGAACGUGGAUUCCCCAAAUGUUCUCUUUCUUCCUGGUUUUGGUGUUGGCUCUUUCCAUUAUGAAAAGCAAAUGAAAGAUUUGGGUCGUGACACCAGAGUAUGGGCACUGGAUUUUCUAGGCCAAGGAUUGUCCUUGCCCUUUGAAGAUCCGGCUCCUCACUAUAAGGAAAGGGCUACAUCAAAUGCAAAUGCUUCUUCUUCUUCUUCAUGGGGAUUCGGAGAUGAAACGGAACCAUGGGCCACUAAGCUUGUGUACUCUAUUGAUUUAUGGCAAGAACAAGUUCGAUACUUCAUAGAAGAGGUCAUCGGUGAACCAGUCUACGUUGUGGGGAACUCACUAGGAGGAUAUGUUGCAAUGUAUUUUGCAGCACUUAACCCUCAUUUAGUGAAAGGUGUCACACUGCUUAAUGCAACACCUUUUUGGGGGUUUCUUCCUAAUCCUAUAAAGAAUCCAGGCCUAGCCAAAUUGUUUCCAUGGGCUGGAACAUUUCCUCUACCUGCUAAUGUAAGGAGGUUGACAGAGUUGGUGUGGGAGAAAAUCAGCGAUCCUACAAGUAUUGCGGAGGUACUUAAUCAGGUUUAUGCAGAGCGUUCAACAAAUGUAGAGAGUGUAUUUUCACGCAUAAUUGAAACCACAAGGCAUCCUGCAGCAGCAGCAGCAUUUGCUUCAAUUAUGUUUGCUCCCCAGGCAGAAUUAUCAUUCAGUGAAGCGUUAUCUAGAUGUCGAAAAAACAAUGUGCCAAUCUGCCUCAUGUAUGGAAAAGAAGAUCCUUGGGUGAAGCCACUUUGGGGACUCCAGGUUAAAAGGCAGGUCCCUGAAGCUCCAUAUUAUCAAAUCAGCCCUGCUGGUCACUGUCCUCAUGAUGAAGUCCCUGAGGUCAUAAAUUUCUUGCUACGUGGGUGGAUCAGAAAUCUAGAGUCUCAGGGUUCGAUCUCUUUGCCACUGCUUGAUGAGCUAGAGUGUGUUCAACACGCUAAUGGCAGGGAGUUAGAAUUUAUGAGAGAAGGUUCAAGAAAAUUAGUGACGGUGAGAUUUUUCAGCUCAAGAUUUUCGCUUUGGGACAGUAUAAGAUCUUACAUCAAGCCUCGCUCCAAGUUAAGAAAUUCGGCCACCAAUUCUCAAUGACACGAUGAUCUAUAUACGCUAUCACACUAUAGUAACCUCUUCGAUUUAGUUUGUAUAGACAGAAAUCAUGUAAAUAAUAAUUAUUUUUUGAUUGAUCCAUGUACAAUAAUUAUUAGUUGC